GCCCAACUCGAAUGUGUUUCGUUCGACAAAAAAAAGUAGGGAAAACAAAACAAAACCCGACAAGUUAACCUAAAAUCACCAGACCUAACAGCAAGCAAAUCGACGGCGACGUGAAAAUAAAAAAGAGAUAGCUGAAACAAGCAAGGAGACUCUCGCCGCUCUUAGAUCUCUGUCUCCUGAUUGCGUUCGAUGGCACCGAAGAAGGCGGAAGUGAUCGACAACCCACCUGUGGCCUCUUCGAGUGAAGAGGAAGAAUCUGGUUCGUCUGGAGAAGAGUCUGAGUCUUCUGCUGAGCUUUCGAAGAAAGACGAGUCUUCGAAGAAGCCCGAAUCUGAAUCCGAAGGCGAGUCUGAGUCUGAGUCCGAUUCCGAACCUGACCCCGAGCCUGCUAAGACGAACAAGCAGCCUGUUGUGGCCAAAGCCAAAGCAGAGGCCUCUGGAUCUGCUGUGGCUGUACCUGAGAGUUCAACGGCUAAGCGUCCUUCGAAGGAAGCUGAGCCCGAAACUAAUAAGAAGCUGAAGACAUCCGAGACUGAGCACGUGAAGGUGCCGAAAACAAAUGAUGAGGCUAAGAAGAUUUCUGGAGAAGAUGCGAAGAAGAUGUUCCAGAGGUUGUUCAGCGAGGCUGAUGAAAUUGCCUUGCUUCAAGGUGUUCUUGAUUUCACUUCUACCAAAGGUGAUCCUUAUGACGACAGUGACGCCUUUUGCUCUUAUGUGAAGAAGUUGAUCGAUUUCGAUGCUACCAAAAGCCAAAUAGUAACCAAGCUUCAGAGAUUGAAGAAGAAGUUUACGAAUACAGUGAAGAAGUCUCUUAAAAAGGGGAAGAGUGAAGAUGAGAUUCAGUUUCCUAAGGAUAUUGACCAAAAGUCCUUUGAAUUGGCUAGAAAGAUUUGGGGAAGCAAUGGUGUUAUGACUUCUAAAUCAAGGAAGAAAGUUGGAGGAACCCCUGCCUCGAAAGCCCCGAAAGAGAUGAAGUUAGUAGUUCACUCGACUCCCAAGAAACCAGCAGAAGCGAAAAGACCAGAAAAAACAGAGGCCAAGGCUGUGAACACUGGUCUCUCCAUUGGUAGGGAGAUAGCAUUGUUCUUCAACGCAGAGAAUUCAAGUUCUUGCUGUUUAGAUGAAUCCACAGUUACUGCGGUUUGGAAAAAGGUUGCCGACGGAGCAGAGAAGACAAAAGUGGAGGAAAAAUGGAAGAAGCUCAAGGCGAAGCAGAUGGAGCUAUGUUUGCAGAGGACUGAGCUCGUCAACGAAACUGCAAAGAUGAUAUUUAAGGCCUAUGAAUCCUGAGCGGUUUGACUUUUUACUCUCUAUUAUGCAUCUUUGAGUCUUUUUGUAAUGUGCAUUUUAUAGCUUGUGGAACUAAUCCUUUUGUAAUUCGUUGUCGUAUUUUCUUUAUACCCAUAUGUUGGAUGCUUUGUUUUGGGUAUAAGACCCUUUCUCUAUUCCUCUUGUUCA